GCAAAUCUUGUUUUGGUCAUAAAUAUAUUUGAAAAAAAGUAGUUCUCAGUUUCGUGAUUGUAUGUGAAUAAACUGAAAACUUAUAUUAUUUAGUUUCGUUUGAAAUAUAAAAACAAAGAAAAAGAUCGGCAAUGUCUGGUUCAGAUUUACUUUCGGCAAUUGUUCUGAAUGAUUUAAAGGAGAUUGGCAUUAAACAUAAAGGGAAAAAACCAAAAAUUAUAAAGAAUUCGAGCGGUCAGCGAUUGUUUCAUCAAGGAUUGGAACAUUUAAAGUUGACUGACGCAUUUCUUGCAAGCGGCACAGUGGUUCAGGUACCUCAAUUUAUCACAGAAGCCUGUAGCUAUAUUUUGGAGAAUUCUGAAACGGAGGGUAUUUUUCGUAAAGCUGGCUCUGCUGCAAAACAACGAGAAAUUCGAAAAUAUCUUGAAGCUGGGCAACCAUUGGGAAAACUAUAUCGCGUGAUUGAUGUGGCCAACAUCGUUAGCUAUUUUUUUCGAGAACUUCCCGAACCGCUUAUACCGGUCGAGUUGCAUGAAACACUUGUAAGAUGUCUGAUGAUUGGUGAACCCAAUCGAAUCCGAUCAAUACAGCUGGCAUGUUUGUUAAUUACCCCAUUAAAUGUGCAUACUUUGGCUUAUUUUAUGCAAUUUUUACAAACCAUCACACGGCAUGUAAAGUAUAAUAAAAUGAGUGCUGAAAAUUUGGCAAUCGUAAUUGCUCCAAGCGUUAUGCCCUACCGUGAUAUAAAUAGCGUACGGUUUAAGAAUCAUAUCAAAUUAGUCGAAUUGCUAAUAAAGAACUCAAACAUUAUUGGAACGAUCCCUAGUUAUAUUAAAGAGAAACUCAAAAAUACGUCGAAUUCUCAGCAAACCAAAAAGUCAGGCGGUGUCAACUGUUCAGCCAUCAAAAGCAAAAUGAGGCGAAGUCAUAUAUUCAAUGGCUUGAAAACAAUAGUUGGGUCGUCUGCUAAUGCAACUGGACACGUUCACUCGUCUCCAAAAUCAGAUGUUAGUUCGAGAGCUUUGCAUAAAGCCAAAUCGCAACAGAAUUUCAUGUUUGAGCCCAUGGAUACUUCAUCCGGUAUAGCCACAAACACAGAAGCUUUUACUAAAUCUGAAAGUGCAGUCAAGGAAAACAAAGAUAGGCGCAGACGGUCAAACUUAUUCGCUGGAAAUGAAGGAUCUAUCAAACCAAGUUCAUGUCCAUCUACUUUAAGCGGCACGGACCGAAGAUGGAGUCUUAUUAGUACAGGAUGGACAAAGAGUAAAAAGAAGGAAAAGAUAUUACAGAAUCUUAAUAUAUCAGUUUCUGAUACAGUAGAAAACAAAGAUCCUAUCAGUGAGACUAAAUCAAAAGUGAGUCCCACUAUUUCAAAAAGAGAAUAUGACGCUAUUGCAGAUCGUCUAGCGACAAUUAACACUAAUGUUCCAAUUCAAAAACUUAGCUGUGCCAAAAUCCCUAGCACUAGCUUAAAGACUUUUGAACAAGACAAUGAAAAAUCUCAACGACCUAUUCGAAAAAGUAUCAACAGAAAUUAUUUGAAUACACCAAUAAAACUAAAAACAUUACAGAAAGUAAAUACUCCCACCAGCAUUAGCAGGCACAAGACCUGGCAUCUUAGUUCAGAAACUAAGUUUGCCAGUAAACUGCCCACACCUAAAAUACAAAACACAGAUAUAGUUAUGACAGAUGUUUCGGCUAGAACACCCAAACAACCAGAGUCUAACUGCGAACAAUGGUUGCCAGCUAAUAUAUUUUUUCAAAAUUCAGCUGUAAAAGAAAAUAAAGACAAAUUUUGCACACAAAGUAAUGAUUCAGAAUUAUUGCAAACUCCAUAUUCUCAUUUCAAAAAUAAAAAUCGAGUCAAAAAUGUUACUGGUCCCUUUAAGACACCAAUAGGCCAUAAAAAGUCUUUGGCUUUUGGGUCGGCCAUUCAUAUGUUUGAUGUGGAUCAAGGGCGUGAAUCCAUUGCCCGUCUUCGAACUGAAAAUGCUGGAAUGGUUUUAGCGAAAGCAAAGUUAUUCGAUGACUUUAACAGCUGAAUAGCUGAUAGUUGAUAUUAAAUUUAAAAAAAUAAUGAAAUGCUUGUAAUAAAGUUUAAAGUCAAGCAGAUAACAUAGUACAAAAUUUAACUACCUUUAAAUAAGUCGAUAUAAU